AGCGAUCUGUAAAUGAUCAAAUCCGGACCAGUGAUUGACCUGAACAUCGAUCAACGCAAGGAGACACGAUGACAUGACAAGACAGCCAAGUCGCCGAACCUGACAAGCCGAACCAUUUAAGUGCCAUUUACGACAAGCAUAGGCUGCUGGGGACCUAUAUUCGCACCUGUAAUCCACACGGGUCCUUUGAGCAUUUGAUUUACUAAAUGUGGUCGGAGCACAGUGACAUAUAGCCGUGACCAUCCUCACGUCACGCACUCAAUGCAAAACAAAGUUUUUUGGCUACAAAAUCGACAGACGAUAGGGUUUUUCUAACAGGACUGUGGUUAGAAAGAUUACGCCUGGCCUAUUUAUCUGCAGCGUCUUCAAGGGUGCAAGAUGGGUUCCCUUGCAUGUAUAGCUACAUGCAUGUACGUAUCCUUGGCAUGUUUGCUUUUCGCUGAUGGAAUGAAGACCCCUCACGUGUGUUCCCUAUGCACGUGUGACACAGACAUAAGUUACAAAGGGGUAAUGGUCAACUGCAUGGGACUGCGCUUAAAGGGCCUUCCUGUUCAGCUUCCCGUCAAUACCACGACAUUACUUCUCAGCAACAACGAGGUGACGAAUCUGACAGAACAGAUGUUUCAACGUUUCCCUCAUCUUCGAGCUCUUGACCUCUCUCAUAAUUCGAUCGUCACGAUCCAUGAAAAUGGCUUUAAAGGAAUCUCAAAGCUGAAGAAGCUAAACCUACAGUUCAAUCAGUUGGUGCUGGACUCGCAAACGUAUCACCCGAACGUGUUCAAGGAUCUCACGGAAUUAGAAGAAUUAAGUAUCGUGGAUAACGUUGACAACAGAGUCCACCCUCACGACACAUACCCAGACCAGAGUUUUCAACACUUGACAUCCUUGAAGGUGCUGUAUCUUGAUGGACUUCCGACUGACUUUGGUCCUGGAUUUGGUCAAUUGAGGAAUCUGAGGAAUCUGACUUUAUCAGGGUAUAUGACGUACUGUUAUCUACCCGUGCUGCAGAACACCACAUUCACAAAUGUACCAACAGUUCAACAUCUUAACAUCAGCAACUGUCGCAUCCGUAACUCAGACCUCCUUACAUUUCAACCAAUGAAACUUCUUAAAUCAAUAGACAUGUCAGACAAUGACAAUCUUGGCUUCACCAACUUCACCAAUGCUACCUAUGGACUACAACAUUCGUCUUUAGAAAAACUGAAAAUUAACCGCAUAUACCGUGUGUAUGAUGUAUGCACGCACUUGGAAGCCAACCACAUUAAGCACCUUGCAAACACAACGCUGAAGGAGCUCUACAUGGACGGAAAUGGAAUCAUUGUAGUACAAUCUGAAGCUGUUUCUUCUUUGCCGAAAAGUAUUGAGACAUUAUCAGUUCGUGCUAAUAAAUUUCAGUAUGGACAGUACAUGAUGUUAGGGAAUGAACUUGAGAACUUGAAGGUUCUAGAUGUUUCUGAAAUUAACAAAAUGAAACCAAUGCCAUUUUUUAAGCGAAGUGCCAAGUCAGUUCCAUACUUUCUCUCGGCAUAUAUAUCCGUUCCUCCAAAGCUUGAAAUUCUUAUUGCGUCAGAAUGUUAUUUCAGAGGUGAAAUCACUCCAGGGGGCCUUAUGCGCAAUAACAUCAAACAAAUAAUUGUUGAUAAUAACUUCUUUACAGCCCUGCACGGACCCAUCGCUGGUCUUGAAAAAGUCGAGUUUUAUGACUUCUCGAACAACAUCCUUGAAGAAAUUGGAAUGAAUUACUUCUCUGAAAACAAUUCAGUUUCCAAACUGAACCUUACAAACAACAUCCUUGGAGGAGCUCUAGCAAAAGAUACAAAGGGGUAUAUGUUUCUCAGGCUAACCAAAGCCCGUAUCAUUGACCUUUCAAUGAAUAGAAUUGCAUUCCUACCAAGACACAUAUUCACAGGACUGAGGAGCGUUGAGGUGAUAAACCUGAAUGAUAACUAUCUGCAGUCAUUUGAAGUUGACCUCCCCAUCACUCUGAAACAGCUUCACCUGUCAGGGAACAAAAUACAAAUGUUGUCUCCAGAUGUUCUGAGAAAUUUGGACAAUUUACCCAAGUUAAAAUUGUACCUACAGUUCAAUCCAAUAUCAUGCACAUGUCAGGGGGUGGACUUCUUAAAAUGGUUGAGUGAAAACAAACAUCGUAUACAUGGCCUCGAACAUAUGACUUGUGAACUUGAACCUGGCCAUGAGAUUCCUUUGUCCAAUUUUGAUGCUAUUAUUCAAACCCUCAGCAAAAGGUGUAACCUUGGAAACGUGAUAGCAGUGGCCACCUCGUUGUCCCUUUUCAUAUUUAUCCUUGGAACCAUUGGCGUUACCAUUGGUUAUCGCCACAGAUGGAAGAUAAGGUACCUCUACUAUGUAAGUAGAAGCAAGUAUCGAGUUCAACACGCUGUAGACGAUGAUGGUAGGGGUGCGUUCCAGUACGAUGUUUUUGUUUCGUAUGCGUCCAAAGAUAGGGUAUUUGUCACUGGCUCCUUGCUCCCAGAGCUUGAAACGAAUCGGGAACUGCGAGUGUGGAUACACGACAGAGACUCCACUCCAGGUGAUCAAAUAGCUGACACCAUUGUUGACGUCAUAAGAAGGAGCCAGAAGACGCUGAUCGUUUUGUCACCGUCUUUCCUGGAUAGCCACUGGGGGGAGUUCGUCUUCAAUAUGGCCCGCAUAGAAGGGAAUGAUCGUCGCCAUAACACAUUGGUUGUUGUUAUGUAUAAAUAUGCACCAAUCAGGUGUUUAUGGAAGGAUAUCUCGGUGAUGAUACGAAACAACAAUUAUCUGGAAUAUCCAGAAGACCCCGUUGGGAAGGACGUUUUCUGGGGCAAUGUGGCGGAAGCUAUCAGAUCUUGACUUUCAGUAGAAACUGUGAGUGCGCUGCAAGAUGUUUAUGAAUGUUUUCAAAUAAUCCAACAUAUAUUUGACUUCCUAUUAUAUAUCUGUUAUUGUCUUUUUGUAAUGUAUAUUGUUAAGCUUCUGAGUGCGUCGUUUUCUAGCUGUUUGAUCACGUUAUUCAAACUUUUAAGUAAAAGUAGUUCUACAUUGUUGUAUAAGCGAUAGACUGAUGAUGAAUGAAUAAAAA